CCAGGCUGGUUUGUUUUAACCGCGCUGACAGCCUCCCUUGCAUUUUCCUUGUCUUGUUCUUCCUUUCUCUCCUCAACAUCCGCAUUCAUGCUGAUACACAAUCGUCCUUCUUCCCUCUUCUCAUCAUCUUCAAGAUCAUCUUCCACUUGUACACAGCCCAUGGCGUAGCCACUGAGUCGUCCUUCCCCCCCACCUGCCCUGCUCACCCGCUCCAACCUUGGAAAGCUCUCCACCAAAAAAGCUGCUACUUCUCCUCCAGCUGCCCCGCGCCCCGCUGCCGUCUCUCACCCAAUUAUUUCUCCUCAUCCCGACUUUUUGCAGCACAGCGCUUCUCUCUUUCUGUCUCUACCAGAUUGAGCCCUGUUGGAAGGUAGAGCCACGCUCUAUCACUAUUUACCAGCAUGACUGUCUUUGUUGCUUCGCUUUUCUUGCCCAAGACGAUCCAAUUCCAGCUCCCUGGAACACCCUCGUCUCUCAAGGCACUGCGAAAACGACGAACUUCGACCGUUGAACCCAUCAAGCCUCGUCCAGCAGCCGCGCAAGAGGAAGCCCAGCCAAGUCUCUUUAGCCCUCAGCGCCCCGACUUGACACCACCCCAGACUCCUGUCGAAGAAGCUCGCACUCCCGACAUCUUUACAAACGAGGAUGGCUUCAGCAUUCAAUAUCCCCACGAGACGGAUUCUCCCGCCAAGCUCUCCCAGUCAUGGGGCAACCGCAACAACCAGCCGCGAUCGCGGGCUAACUCGCCGCCUGCCGCUGAGGUCUUUGAAAAGGGUCGCACGCUCAACAAGGCAAAGGAGCUUGGCCGUCGCGGCGUAAUGCAGCCUCGAUCCCAUGCCCGCAGCGAUAGCCACGAUCGUGUUUUCGCCUCGGCACCCUGGCGCGUCGUCAGCGCGGACCAAGGCAACGGUGGUCUUCGCAAUGCUGUCGAGGCUGCCAGCCGCGAACACAGCAUUGGAGAAUACACUUGGGUUGGUACGCUGGGCAUGCCUACAGAAGCGCUCGAAGGCACCCAGCAGCUGCAGGAUAUCGAGGAUACCCUGGCUACCGAGCAUGACAUGCUUCCCGUCUUCUGCACCGACAAGGACUUUGACGGUCACUACAGCCACUUCUGCAAGCAGAUUCUUUGGCCCGUCUUCCACUAUCAGAUCCCGGAUAACCCCAAGAGCAAGGCCUACGAGGACCACUCGUGGAAAUUCUACGUUGCCGUCAACCAGGCCUUUGCCGACAAGAUUGUCAAGAACUGGAAGCGUGGAGAUGUCAUCUGGGUCCACGACUAUCACCUGUUGCUUGUGCCCGGCAUGGUACGCAAGAAGCUGCCCGAUGCGAAAAUCGGGUUCUUCCUGCACGUACCUUUCCCGUCGUCUGAAGUCUUCCGAUGUCUUGCUGUUCGCCGUGAGCUGCUAGAAGGCAUCCUCGGCGCUAACCUCGUCGGUUUCCAGAUUCACGAGUACAACCGCCACUUUUUGCAGACUUGCAGCCGACUUCUCACCGUAGAGGCCACCCCAGACGGUCUUCAGCUCGAGGAUCGAUUCGUUGAUGUCGUUAAUCUCGCCAUCGGAAUCGAUCCUGUUAGCUUAGACAAGCAUCGCGAAAGUGAGGGCGUCAAGAGUUGGCUCCAGAUUCUCCAGGAGCGCUACAAGGGCAAGAAGCUCAUUGUCGCCCGUGAUAAACUUGACCAUGUCCGCGGUGUCCGCCAGAAGCUUCUAUCCUACGAACUGUUCCUCAACAAGAACCCUCAGUGGCGUGAAAACACUGUCCUUAUUCAGGUAGCGCUCUCCUCUAGUGAAAAGGGUGACCUUGAUGCGACAGUUUCCGACAUUGUUACCCGGGUCAACAGCUCAUGGGCCAACUUGGCCUACCAACCCGUCGUCUACCUCAAGCAGGAUAUUGAUUACGCUCAGUACCUCGCUCUUCUCACCAUUGCCGACGCACUCAUGAUUACCAGCCAGCGCGAAGGCAUGAACCUGACGUCACACGAAUAUCUCUUUUGCCAGGACGGCAAGAUUUACCCCGAGAAGAAAUACGGAUCACUGAUCCUGUCUGAGUUCACCGGCACCUCGUCGCUCUUUGCAAAGCGUGAACUUUCCGUCAACCCUUGGGACUACCGCCAGUGCGCUGAUGCCAUCAAGCAGGCGCUUGAAAUGGAUGAAGAGGAGAAGAAGGCAAGGUGGGACUUUUUGUACAACGCCGUCGUUGUGCACACUGGCUCGCACUGGUGCAGCGAAUUCCUUGGCCGCCUCGAUCGCGCCUAUGAUACGCAGCACCGCCGUGACCAGACGUCAGUUCCACGACUAUCGAUACCGACGGCCACCGCCAAGUACAACCAGUCUGAGCGACGCCUGUUUAUCCUAGACUACGAGGGCACGCUUGUUAGCUGGGGUCCGGUCAACCAAAUCAUCCCCGUCAGCCCGCAGCGCACCGUGGACGUACUCAACGAGCUGCUGCUCGACCAGCGUAACACAAUCUACGUCAUGUCUGGACGCAGACCGGAAGAGCUUGACCGCAUUUUCCAGCGUGUUUCCAACUUGGGGCUCAUUGCAGAAAACGGCUGCUUCCUGCGUGACUCUGGAAGCAGCACUUGGGAGGAAAUGGCUGACACGACCCAAAUUAAGGAUUGGAAGAAGUCAGUCAAGUCCAUCCUAACAUAUUAUCUGGAACGUGCCCCUGGUGCCGAGGUGGAAGAGCGACGCUGCAGUCUGAUUUUCCACUUCAACAAUGCCGAGGACUUUGAGUCUGCCUCUCGCCUAGCCGCAGACUGUGCGAGCCACGUCAACGAUGCUUGCGAGAGCAUGCGUGUCCACGCCAUUCAGUUGGAGGGCUCCAUUGUUGUCGAGCCCAUUGACUGGUCCAAGAGCACAGCUGCCCAAAAGGUGUUUGAGCGAUUGCGCAACCACAUUGACGGCAACAACCAGCACGCCGCGCCCAUCGACUACCUCAUGGUGAUUGGUGACGGCCGCGAAGACGAAAAGGUCUUCAACUGGGCCAACAGUCUUGGUGCCGAGAAAUCGGUCAAGGAGGUCAUGACUGUUAGCCUUGGUAACAGGAGCACCGAGGCAGCAGCCACUCUAACCCAGGGCGUCAGCGGCGUUCUCACAUUUUUGCAAAAGCUGGCCGGUAGCCAGUAGAUGACGUUUAACGAAGAUCCGACUGAAGCACAGUCUAUGAAGGCUGUGUUGACUUUGCAUUGCCAUUGAGCGAGCAUUUGCUAUUGACUUUUUUUCUUUCUCAUUUCAUUCUUUCCAUUUUCUUUCAUUUUCUUUUACUACAUUCGCUUCUUCUACGUGGUUUCUUCGCCCCUUAUUUACAAAAGAAAUCCAUUUAUGAGCAUCGGGGCAAUAUAUAUAACAACAGAUGCAGUGGACCAAAGGAGGCGGCUGUUUUUUUUUUUUUUAUUUU